CAGUGGGAAAGUUUCUGAACCCUUUCACUCCACCACUGUUGGGUUUCCAGAAGACCAGAGACGUUCAUGACACAAUGAUGCGGGACAAGAUCUUGACGGUUUUUGUUUUAGCUUGGCUUUACUGUGCUACGGGACAUGGACAAACCGACACCAGAAUUCCGUGUGACGAUAAACGCGUGGAAGAUGUUGUAAAUGUAACUCUUUCCAAACAUAACGAGAAAUUAACUGAAGGUGCUCAACUGGCUCUCUAUGAAAUCCUGGAGGCUACAAAGUCUCAGAAUGAAUCGGGGGACAUUCUGUUUGUGCGCUUCACAAGCAGAGAGACAGAUUGUCCUGCAGGAGGAGACAAGCUUUGGCAUCAGUGCGACUACCUGCAGCAAGUGGAUAAGGUACUCAGAAUCUGUCAAGCAAAAGUCCUGUUUACAGAAGCAGGUCAAGAGUUACUAUUGGAUUACUGUUUAGCUGAGCCGUCUAUUUCCUCUAAAGUUGCCCCAUGUCUGGGCUGCCCUGAAAAGAUUGAUAUAUAUCAAGAAGAACUGAGAGAACCACUCAUUCAUUCUCUGAAAAAAGCCAACGGCAUGGUCAAUCACGAGCAUUUCUUCAUCUUUAAGGACUUGAAAUCAGCAACAAAACAGGUGGUCGCUGGAUUCAGGUAUAAAUUGCAGUUUGAGAUUGAGAAGAGCAACUGCACCAGGUCAGAGUUCAAAGCCGUUACUGAGGAGUGUCACCCAAUGCAGAAGAACACCGAGGUUUUGCAGUGUAACUCCACUGUGGAUGUGGCUCCUUGGAGACAUGAGGUGCCAGAAGCGCAUGUUGAAUGUCAGACACUUGUCAUUACGACGUCCACAAGAUUUAAACGGCCACCAGGCUGGUCUCCUCUUAGGAUCAUGCCGAUGAAUCCAUUUAGUUCACCUCCCAAAGCCAAAGAAUCCUCAGAGGAAUCCAAGGAGAGCAUUAGUGCGACCAAACCCAGACCACUGAACUGUCCUACCAAACCCUGGAAAGAGUUCAAGCCCAUCCUUGACAGCAUUGCUGCUCCAAACGCUACAGAGUCUACACGGCCAAACCCAACCACAAAAGACACUGCUCUCAGCGAUCUGGAUUUAAUCUGAGCAGCUCCUGUUUGUUUGUCUCUAUGCACUCUGUGGUUAAAUGAUUAUCUAAAAUAAAAAGAAGGGAAGGAUUAAAUAAAAUACAACUAACAUUC